AUGUCCAUCUAUCACUUGUUGCAGUCCCAUGACAAACAUUUGGUCGAUUUAUACGAGAACCAUUUCCAAACAGUUCUGGAAUUACAAAGCUCAGUUUUGGAGAACGUUCUGCCAGACCUCGUGCAGGAACAUUCCCUUAGUUCUGACAAUGAAGCGUCAGCGAGACAAUGGCUUGAAGACACACGUCAGUUCUUAUUCAUCUUGAGUGUGAUUUUUGCUUCUAAAGCUACCCCAGAAUCCAUGUUCCGUGUCCUGAAGCGCCAUGACUUCGUUGUUCCCUAUGCUAUUGAAUCCAUUAGGAUACAGCUACUCUGGCGGAUGAACGUGCUGCCGCAAUCGGCUAUCCGUAGUCCGUCAUUCAUACGCUGCCUUCCCGUCAACGCCCGUGAUCCUUCCGGGCAGCGGCCAGUGGUCUUUUUGAGAUUGUCUGGGAUAUCUGAAAUUUCCGUUGACAGUCGGGACAUACUAGUCGGCUGUAUGGAGCUCCUGCGGUUGCAUCUCCAGCGGCUCAAUUCCUUGUGUGAUGUGGAACAGAUACCAGCGCGCCAGCCGAUCUUACAGUAUAUUGCAAUUGUUGAUAUGGAAGGCGUUUCGUACAAGAAUCUUGGACAGAUUGAUCUCAUCCGCUGGUUCAUCCACGAAGUGAUACCCAAAUUUCCCGGAAUGUUAGCGGCCGGUACGUCAAAAUUUUUACGAUUGCCGGAUGCCCCUGAAUUCACGGCCAUUCAAGUUGUUAUCCUGAAUUACAGCUGGGCACAAUCAAGCAUGUGGAGCAUUGUAAAGCGGGUGAACGUAGUGACUGUCUCCGUACUGGCUGCUGAUGAUGUCACCAUCUCCAGGCGAAUGCUCCCAUCCUCUGUCCUCUCGCGCGUUCUUUUCCCGUCGCGUGCUGGACUUCUAGAGUAUUUCCCUCCGGAGGCAUUACCAUCUGACUGGGGUGGGCUCCUGCCGUCGAUUGCCGAGCUGGACGAUCCCUUACGACGACCAUCUUCUCCACAUCUCCACAACCAAGAAUCCGGAUCUACCUCUGCCACUGAAUCCCAUCCAUCUGUAUGUUUGAAACCAGAUUCGCCGCUGGCGCCGGUCAUCCGUCCAUCACAAUCAGCUACAGCUGCUUGGAAUCCAUUUUACGGCUACCCUGUGUCUCACGCUUCUUCAGUUCCAACUUUGCUGCACGGCCGUCGGAGGAAACGCGACCUUUUGCGGACCCUUGUGCGCCUGCUUUGGGCGCGCUGGGGGAACCACAUUCUAAGAGGGUUAUUUCUCCUUGCCGCCUUACUGUUCUACCGAAUAGCUUCAUCCCCCCGGCGCUGGCUGUGGAGUGCACGACGGGGUACCGGGACAUCGAUAUACUUGCCGUUCCUACGGCGUGUCCCAUCUGACUCGGUGCAGGCGACGGUGUUUGGGCGAGACGUGCGCAGCCGUCACAUUAUGGACCAUCCUCUAUCUGACAUGAUCCAUGCUAUGCUGACGCUUCUUCUACGUCCAUGUACCCACUGCAGGUUGCGUAACGCAUUGUUGUUUCUCAGCGUGGCUGGUGUGUUGCGCAUGGGAGGCCGCACACUAUUUCAGUCCGAUAUUCAAGGCCCGAAAGUCCUUGGAACGGGUGGGACGUGGGAUUGA